UUGAUGGAAACACUCUCAGGAAAGAACUACUUAUUUGCUGAGGUAGAGCAAAGGCUGAGGAAGGCUUUGCCAAUUUGCAGCUGGGAAAAGGAGCACCGAGAGAAAUCAGAGAUGAUCGAAACUUAGAGAGAGAGGUACCUGAAAUCUUGCAUAGUGUGGAAAGGAGCUAGGAUGGGAGACACAAGACUCCACAUCCUGACAGCUGUUUACAACACUGGAACUGAUUGCUUGUUCUCUUAUUAAAGCCAAGGAAAGAUAAAGCCAGACAGGGUUUGGCUUGGGACAAGUUUGUCUGCUCCUAAUAGACCUAGGUACCUCCUCGGAUUCCUUCUCUCCCAAUUUUAACUCUUGAUGCGUGCGAGAGAUCAGCUCUCUCCCUAGAGGACUGAGCCCCUGGUUGGAUUCUGCCACGUUCUCCAUCUCCAGGGGAAGAGCGAUUGUAGCAGCUUUGGGGUUUCGUCGUCCAGCAUUGAUGAAGGAAAAGAGAACUGAUGGGGGCUGGUCAUUAAGGAAGGGGUCCCAUCACUAAGCUGAGGAUGGGCAGACCCCAUUGAGCACCCUUUGAAUUGUGCACAAGGGUUUAAAUGACAGAAGGUGAAAUCUCCCAUUGAAAAGGAACAAACCCACAACCCCCCUCCUGGGCUUAUGUGCUGUCAGCUCUGGCCUGAGCUACAGUUGCCCUGAGCCAUUUGACUUUCUAGGUUUCAUAGUUGAGUGAAUUUUAAUUGAGAUCUGAAGACUUGGUGGGGGUGGGGUAAAAUUUUAAAGGCAGAGUUGGGGGGAAAUCUCCUAGUCAGUUUCCAUUUCUGAAAGCUCUGUGGGGCUGAGCAGACUGACUUCCCUCUUCCCCCGCUUUGCCUGAUCAAACUGCGACUGUGGAUCAGAAUUCGCAAACAAAUAGAUCCAUGUCGGUUCAAGGUAUCCAACUUGAACAGAGGAUCUCUCCAGAGACAAGCGCGUUGGCGCGUGCUGAUGAUUUGACAUCGUCUACCAGAGUGGAUCAUCUUCAACAGAAGUAACUUCAAUAAGAAAGAAAGAGAAGGGGGGUGGGGGAAGAGACAUCCAUAUUUAUUACUUCGUUUUGCUCCUGGAGAGUAUUCAGCCUCGACUCAACACCCCCUUCUAAAAAGAAGCCAAAAUGAGGGGCUGGAUCUGGCUACUUGUGGCAACUUUACUGUGCCAGCAGCUCUCUCUCUUUCGAGUGAUGGCAGCAAAGAGAGAGAGAAAGAAGAUGAAAGAGCCCAAUCAAUAUACAGAGCCCUUCAAUGCAACCCUGUCCAACAGUGAAGAACUGCACGGGCAUCCCAAGAUUCUAGAAUCUCCAGAUCCUCGAAUCACAGAUCCGCGGCGCACCUGGAUCUCAUUUGUACAUCGCCCGGACGAUGGCAACAACUCCAAAAGGAAAUGCAAAGGGAGAGACAAGAAAUUACGUGGCCUUGUUGGGCCCCCAGGGCCGCCGGGCCCCCAGGGACCUCCAGGAGCACCAGGGGCCGAAGUCACCCAGGAAGUCCUGCUGCAGGAGUUCAAGGAGAUACUAAAAGAAACCAUUGAACGGCGGGCAUCUCUGGCUAGCUCAGCCCAUCCCAGCCAACUGCCCCCGCUCCUGCUGUCACUGGAGGAGACCUCGCCCUACAAACGGGUGGAGGAAGCGUUCCACUGCAAACUGAAAGGGCAGGUCAUUGUGGACAAGAAGACCCUGGUCGAACUUCAGAACUUCCAGUCGCCUUUGGCCAAAGGAGCUUUCCUCCGGGGAUCAGGCUUGAACCUGGUGACUGGGCGCUUCACUGCAACUGUGUCUGGCAUCUACCAGUUUUCAGCCAACGUCCACAUCGAUCACAGCGAGCUGAAGAGCAAAGUGCAGCUCCGGGCCAGAGACAAUGUCCGUGUGCUGAUCUGCAUCGAAUCCCUCUGUCAUCGAUACACAUCUUUGGAAGUUAUUGCUGGUCUGGAAAGUAACAGCAAGAUCUUCACUGUUUAUGUGCAUGGGUUGCUACAGCUACAGGCUGGGCAAUACACCUCUAUAUUUGUCGACAACAGCGCAGGAGCCCCCAUCACCAUUCAGAAUGGAUCGGAUUUCAUGGGCAUGUUUAUGGGCGUCUAACCUGGAUCCCCACCACAGGUUGGGUGGGGAAGGACAUGACUCAAGGAGCCUUGCAACAUACAUCUGACUGAACAACCCUUUACUCUGACCCUAGAGGACUGCUCCGUUACCCAUUGGCGUCUAUUUUUAAUACAGUGAAGUAAAGAGCCUUUCCUUUUGCAGACACUCAACUUGCUUUUCAAAGGCUGCUGCUUUUAAAUGUCUACAUCAGUUCUGCCUACAAAUAUAUUUUAAAUAAUAAUAAUAAU